GCGUGUGUAUGACUGAACUCACAUGCGGUUGCCGGACAGUGACAACUCUGUCCACCUAGGCACUUCUACCUCCAAUUCCAAUACACUUCAUGGAAGAAAGUGUUAUUCUUCAUAGGUUAGAAAGCAGACUCGCGGGACAAAAGACACAAGCGAUCGAAGAACUUAUAGGAAUUGUAAAAGACUCUGGAAAACUCCAUUUUAACAACAAACUCUCUCUUUUCUCUUCUUUUAAGCGUAUACUACAAGAUGAGGACCUACAGCUCAGGACCAAAUGCACUAAGCUCAUCUGCGACGUGCUGCCCAAGCUUGGGACGGAUAUGGACACAUGCAUGAGUUUUGUAAUGCCCAAUAUACUGUCUAACAUGGCAGCAAAUAAUCUGGUACUCAAACGAGAGUCCAUCAAACUCAUCCGGUGCUUUUCUGAGAUAACGUCUGAUAAGAACGCUCUUGUGCGGAGCGUGAUAUGGGAAGGUAUUGACAGUAAGGACCCCUCUACAUCUAGAGAAGUCAUCCUCAGCUUAGACAAGCUCAUCUUUAAUAUUUUACAAACGGAGGACAGCUACAACAUUGUGACGGCACUGUGUAAGAGACAUUUUGUGGAGGAAAACAAAAAGGUGAAGAAAGCGAUCAAAGACAGCUUCAUCUCCAUCGCUGGAAUCAUAUCUAGUAACAGAAUGGAGGAGCUGAUAACACAACUCCCAAGCUCAGCUAUCACUUCUGGACGUGAGCUGCUUCAAAUACACAAACAAACUCAGAAACCCAAAGUAACCUCUUACAAAUCAAACACCAAACUAGAGGUUGACAGUGCAAUAUCCCUGGAAGGUAAGCUCCUGUGGGACCUUAUCCCUGACUCCACCCUCACUAAACUGCACGGGGAUGAUGUUGUGGACCAGCUAAAAGCUAUCGCCGAACUUGAGUCGGCUAUCAGACGUGUCACAUCACCUUCCGAUUUUCUGAUCUGUAUCGAUGAGAUCUGUGAAGCUAUAAUCAAAGUGAUCCCCAUCAACAACUUCAGGGUUUUUAAAGCCAGUACAGUUCUGGUGUCUGCCUUUGUGGAGGUGUUUAGAGAAGUACUGGGAGAUUGUGUUUACCCUCUCACUAGAGCGCUUUGUCACAAGAUCGGAGAUAACAAGAUAGCGGUACGAGAGGGUACGAUGAAGUGUUUGACACAGUUGAUGAGAGUUUGUGGACCCCGACCUGUUCUCGAUGUUGUACUUGUCAAUUUACGAGACAGGAAUCCAAGGGUGAGAGAGGAAGCCAUAAAUGUGGUGAUAAAAACCAUGUUAACAUUUCCGAUAGCUGAUCUUAACGUUAAUACAGUCGCUGAGUACUUAGUGUCAGCAUUGGCUGAUCAUAGACAGCGGGUAGUGAACACAGCGCUAGAAGCGAUCACAGUGCUGAAAGACAGGAUAUCUACUCGAGAGGUGGGAAUCAUAUACCGAGCUGUAGAGAAAAUAGAUACUCCUGAUAAAAGAUACUUGAACGCUAUCAAAGAUAGACUCGACAAAGGUACAAUGAGUACGCUGAACGACGUGGGUCUGGUUACCCACGGUGAGGGAUGUUUCACUCGUAACGGUACAACUCUCACUGGUGGAUCUACUUCUAGAAUGAGUAAUCAGAGUGUGAGCGUACCCACCACUUCUCAAGAAAGAAUGAUUUCCAAAGACGGCACCGCCUGCCCACCCACCCCUCUUUCUUUGCCGAGGAGAUAUUACAGCGCUGGAAGAAACAGACUUCCUUGGGAGCGACCCAGUCGACAGAAUACACUCCUCGCCAAUAAUCAGGGCACAGAGGAACAGUUCACAUCCCCGCGCGGCGGAGACCGAGGUCACGUGUUCAUCAAGGGAGGUGGAGGACGAAGUGAUGGCGGGAGUUACGCGCAGAUGCACCUUAAGAAGAUACAGAAGGACUCAGGCGGACCUGAAGACAGUCUUAGCAACCAAACGUCUGCUCCAAGGUCGAACACGCUCGGUUCACUGAAGAAAUAUUUCCCGUCUGUCAAAGGAUCCCCCGACCCCAAACGCAGCUGGCCAACUACUAAAACUAAGGAUGAGGAGGUUUUAUCAAACGGAUCAGCGCCACCACAGAAAUCAAACUCGUUUGCAAACGACAGUUACGGAGUUCAGACUUCGAGUAUGUACGCAAACUAUCGCGUUAACUCAGGUGAAAGUAGCGGAGUAGGAACACUCACGAACAAUACUCCCAACGGUUCAGCAUCAAACCCACCAAGACAGAACCACUAUUCCCCCGCUACUACUCUCAAUGAUAGCGGAAUUUUCGAGGAGCACUCAUUCGUCAACUCAAAAGCUCCAAAACACAGCACAUCAUUACCUGUUCUCAAACGAACUCGAACCAUAUCACUAUCACGCAAUUUCACGGCAGCCAAUAAAGAUACAUUAUCACAAUCACGUGACCCAAAGAGCGAUACAGUACUGCGAUCCAUCUUGAAGAAACAACGCAGGGAUGAUGCUAAUUCUGUUGACUGGGAGCUAACCUUUGGUAGAUCUAACACGUUUGCUGGAAGACGGAAUUUAGCCCGGAAGAAAUUACGGAAGAAAAAGGUCGUGAAACAUGUUUCAAUUCAUAACAUACCGAGCAUUUCUAGCAUUCCGAGCGUAGUGAGCACAACAAGCCAAGAUUCCAUCAGUACUCGACAGGGGACCUCAGAACGACCACCUAUUCACUCAAAUAAUAAAGAUAAGAAAGCGGGACGCGGGAAAGGUAAACAGAAAGACAAGAGAUAUUAUCCAAAAUCACAGCAAAAAAACCAAGAUCCUUCAACUCAGAGAAUUAUAAGUCCGAUUCCGAAUACAGAAGAAUCAUCUUCAAGUAUCUCGAAACAGAACAAGUCCUCUCCAAGAGUCACGAAAUCAAACAAGUCCUCUACAAAAUCGAACGAAAUGAUCCCAGACAACCCUCAGUUUGCUGCUGAUGCAGUUCCUCUGCCCGAUAUACCACGAUUAAAGACAAAAAAUAACAGUAAAACUGAUCGGAUAAGACACAGGAAGAAAAGUACCAGAUAUAAAGCCAAAGACAUCCAGUCGAAGAGCGAGACAGAGUUAGACGGCGUUAAGAUGACCGAAGAGCAGGCGAGGUCAAAGGACGGUGGUAAGACGUACCGAGUGAUACCGAUCUCAGAUAUCAACAGGCUAGCUCAGGAACGGAGUGAGGGUACUACUGGCACUGCUGGUACAGAGCGAUCCACACCCGUAACAACAGAAGAGCACAGAACCACACCCCAGGCCCCCGAAGAGUCAGAGACCACCUCCAACAAGGAUAGCCGGUCAGCAGCCAGGAGAGAUAUCAAACAGGAUGAGGAGGAGGGGAGGAGAGCGGAGGAGGAGCGUCUAGAACUUGCGAAAUGGGAGAAGAUAAGGAUGGAAGAGCUGGCAAAAGAAGAGAAACGCAGGUCAACUAUGAGAGCACAGUUACAGCGCGAGAACGAAGUAGCAGAGCAGUACCACAAGGAGGAGGGUAUGAGAAUAGACUCUUAUCACAUCGGCAACGGUUAUGUUGAACUGAACUUGGCGAAAAAGAAGCUGAAGCAGGCUGCUGAAGAUUCUAGGAAGCCCCGUCCAAAGCUUAUCAAAGCUCGCACCAGAACAGAGUCCAUAUCCAACGAACCUGACAAAAAUAUCGAUAUUGUUGGGAAAGGACUCUCAAGUCACCACAUCGACUCUGAUGGUGGUCUCAAGGAGCAGAUGAAGGAAAAGCCAAAGAUGAGCGAAGAGAAGCAGCCUCUCAGAGCACCUAGUGGGGUAUACGGUCAGAGAGUGCAUCCUUCUAGAUCCCUGACGAAGGUACGGGGUCUUUCUGUGGAGUUUUUAGUUGAAGUUUAUUUUCGGGGUUGUUGCUUAGACGGCAGCCUCUCGGACAACUCUGAUAACUCUGAAGAAGACAGUUCUGACAAAGAGGAACAGACAAACCGUGAGGGUCACCCCAUAGGCUCGGGUCUAUCUGCUGCAACACGCAUGCGCUUCGAGAAGAAAAGGGCUCAGUUAGUUGAACGUCAGAGCGCAGAACAGAGGUUACCUCACGAGGAGCCAGAGUAUGAGGUGGAGAGGGAGCAGAAACUUAGACCUUCACCAAGGGCCCCUAGGGCACAGUUCAGUAAACCAGUGUCAGCACCCGUAGAGUCACGACUAAAUGUCUCCGACGGAGGAGUCAAGAGAUCUCCCAGUAAACCUCAAGUCAGAGCUGGUUCUCUCCGGCCGCACGACACGUCAGACAAGGAUCCAGUAGAUGAGAAGGAGGAUGUUCCGCUGCUGAACCCGGAGAGUGCUGCAGCUGAGGCUGUUAAGAACCUCAAGAUUGGUGGUGAGGAGUGGAACUUUAAGGUACAAGGACUGCACGUGCUGCGGCGUCUGGCGCGCCAUCACCCGGAGGCAUUCCAGAGUGACAUUCUGACCUACAUCCGGCUGACAUGUGCUGAGGUACUCAACCUGAGGUCUCAAGUAGCAAGACUCGCUAUCCAGAUAAUUGGAGACUACUUCACACUCCUCAAGACUGCCAUGGACGCAGAUCUGGAGCGCACGUGCGAAUGUCUUCUGAUAAAAACGGGUGAGCUGAACCAGUUUAUACGGAACGAUAUCGGAGCAACCCUCAGUAAAAUGGUGGACAAUGCAACUCCAUCCAGGGUCCUUGUCUCCCUUAUCAACCACGGAACGAGUCACAAGAGCGCCAACGUACGUGCGAUAUCAGCAGCCUGUUUGAAAGACAUAGUGUCCCGUAUGGGAGUGAACAAGUGUCUUAACAAGGAGUUCGCCCCCAAAUUUAUUACCGCAGUCGAUAAGCUGAGUCACGAUGGAAACCAGGAAGCCAGGUACUACGGACGCCUCGUCCUCUCCUGGUGUAUGGAGCUCUCUAACUUUGACUCGCUGUGUCAGCGGCACUUACCUGCUAACGCGGCCCGAAACCUCAAGGAUCUCUGCGACAAGAUCAAGAAUAAGGGUGUGGGCAACCUGCCUCAAUCUGCUGACCGUACAAGUGGAAGGUACCGGUCCCAACCCGUGUCACGGGCCCAGUCCAACCUAUCCGCUACCUACCCUGCCAACCGAUCCAGGAAACCUAGUUGUCACAACGAGGUAGACCACCCAGACUCUCUCCACACCAGCCUGGAGACUAACUCGCCGCGCACUGCGCGCAGACCAGGUCCUCGGCGCGACCUGCGCGAGACGGUCCACUCUGACAGGAUGCCGCAGAGUUUGUACAAGAACCUCAACUCAUCCAACUGGCAGGACAGAUACACUGGUAUAGCUGAGCUCCUAGACUUGUCCAUCAAACAACCAGCAGAGGUCAGACAGUGUAUUGUGCGGAUAAGUGAUGCGUUUACUCCCCGCCUCAAGGACCCUAACAGCAAGGUAAACCUGUACGCACUGCAGUGCCUACUGCGGAUGUUGCCCCACCUGGAGACGUCCCUGGACCAGGUUCUGACCCCGUUCACUGAGCAGCUGGUCCCUAACCUGGCCUCCCAGCGAGCUAACAUUGUUACGCUUACUAGUCAGAUAUUAGACGGGUUCAAAGUUCACGUUGAUAAUCCCCAACUGGUGUGCGAAUAUUGUAGGAUCAUCAAAAGUCAGAACAACCCCAGAAUAAAGCCUAUCAUACUCGACAAGAUCUCAGAUAUGGUGCGACAAGUGCACGAGGUGCGACCUAAGUUGGUGGAACAAAUGACAGUCCCAAUAAUCGUGGAACACAGCGAAUGUCUGGUUCAAACCAACGGAGCAAACAAUCUGGGCUCCUACGUGGGGCGUCUGGCGUGCCUCCUUUAUCAGUGCAUGGGAAACAAACUAUUGACGGAAAUAAACAGGAUCAAACCCGCCACCGUGGGAACUAUUCGAGAAUAUUUAGUCGCAAACACGUGACAUCUUACGCGUGACGUCACCAAGGCAUGACGUCACGUGGCGACCGUCAUCAGAUCGAGCUAGGGUGCUGCACAUGCGCGUAUCUUUUCAGUCUCAUGUACAUAUUUGUGCGUGCUCAUCAAAGUUUCUUCACUUCAGUUCCCGGAAUAAUAAUGCUUCUCAGUCCAUGCACGUGUGCACGCGCCGUGUACAUUAUUAUUAAUCCACCGCGAAUGUUAAUUUAUUGUUUUGUAAAGAUCAGUAAUUCGUGGUUAACACGGAACAGUUAUAUUUUUAGUUUUAGACGCAUCUGUCGGUUGAUUUUAAAAUGUAAAAUGUUUGUAUUAUAGAAUUUGUAUCUGCACAUGUACAUUAUAAAUGAAAACCUUUUUGGAACUUUAACUGAAUAAUGAA